AUGGAGCGGAAGCGGGAGGUUGAGUACCACUGGACGCGAAGGGAGGAGAAGAGGAGGAGCGUCCGAGUCGAGAGUCACAAUGCAGUCGAGGACCAGGAACGGAGCGGCAACGAUGCUAGGGGAGACAAGAAUCAGAGUCACCCGAGCUCAAGAAGUCUGGCCAACACCACAAUGAAGAAGGAAGGCAGUAGAACGAGCUUACACAGUCACAACGAUGUCCGUCAACAUAGCCAUGCGAGGAUUUCGACUACCCGCGGUGGACCAAGGGCCUCUUCAUGUCCAUGUUUUGUACUAGACAACGAGGAUAUGCUCAGUACUUGUACGACCAAACAUGCAGAUUUGAUAAAGGUGGAGAGCGUCAGGAGGAUCAGAGGACAUUUUGAAGAUUUGCUCAGAGAUCAAGAUAAAGGAAAUUCACGGAAUGGCAUUCAGCUCCCUCGCUACCUUCAUUACAGCCCGACCAAGGGAUCGAAAGCUUCGGAAGUUUGGCUUGGCAGUAAUCCAAGAGGGAAGAAAAGAUUUGGGAUCCAAAGAUUCAGGGCGGCGGCAAAAAUGGUGACGGCGGCUCAAAAAUUGGAAACAGAUGAGAUGAAAGAGAGAUGUGCGCGCAUCAUGAUGUUGAUUCGUCCCUCUGACCCGCUGAUACUUCAGAAAGAAGCCGCCGAAAGGAAUGCUCGAGAGGAGGCCGAAAGAGCUGCUCGUGCAGCAGCCAAGGAGGAUAUUCCUCCAUUCCCUAACCUCAUCUGGAAUGUCCGAACCAGUUUAGAGAGUUUCGUCGGAAAAGAAGAUCUUGGAGGGGUUAUUUUGGACAAGGUCAAGAACCUGUACACCAUGUUACAUUCGCCCUAA